AUGCAUUACAGAUUUAUUCGUGAUAGUUUUUGGGGCCGUUUGGCGUACCAUAUUUCCGGUCAUAGAUUCUUCGCUCACAAGGAAGAACAAAAAGGGUACAUCAUCCCACAGAAGUAUCUCGCCCCUGUAUCUUCAUCUGAAGUAAGUAAGGAAUGCCUGGUUGAAGAAGAAACAUUUUCGCAAGCUGACUCUCCAAAUGAUAAAAGAAUCAUUGUUGAUUGGGAUGGUGAAGAUGAUCCUGAAAACCCAUACAAUUGGCCUAUAUUUCACAAGGUCUUUUUCAUUAGUGAAAUUGCAUUCUUGACCGGCUCAGUAUACAUUGGUUCCGCGGUGUACACUCCUGGUGUCGAUCAAAUGAUGGAGGAUUGGGGGAUCAGUCGAGUCCAAGCAACAUUACCAUUGUCAUUAUUUGUGAUAGGGUAUGGUAUAGGACCUAUGAUCCUCGCACCAUUCUCAGAGAAUGUCACCAUUGGGAGAACUUACAUCUAUAUUAUCACUCUCUUCAUCUUUGUUAUCUUGCAAAUCCCAACGGCUUUGGCUCCAAAUAUUGCUUCCUUGUGUGUUCUUAGACUUAUAGGUGGCUUUAUCUCAUCGGCAGCGUUGGCUACCGGUGGUGGAUCCGUAGGUGACGUUAUUACUUUCCCAUAUAUUCCAAUCGGACUUGCAUCGUGGAGUACCGCGAUUGUCGUUGGUCCUUCUUUGGGUCCUUUAAUCGGUUCAGUCUUUGUCCAACUUGUAGGUUGGAGAUGGACAUUCUGGUUCAUGGCAAUUUUAUCCGGUGUUUCAUUCUUAUCUCUCUCCUUUUUCUUACCUGAAUCCUCUUCUGCUACAUUAUUGUACAGAAAGGCAAAAAGAUUGAGGGCACUCACAAACAACGAGAAUAUAGUCAGUGAGGGAGAAAUUUCCAACAUGAACGUAACCCCUAGAGAAUUGUUGGUGAAUACUUUGUGGAGACCAAUCGAGAUCUCAUUUUUCGAACCGAUUGUUUUUUUUAUCAAUUUAUAUAUUGGCAUGGUCUAUUCUGUCACUUAUUUAUGGUUUGAGGGGUUCCCAAUUUUGUUCCUUGAGACCUAUCACUUCAACUUGAUUGAAAUGGGGACUACAUUUGUCGGUAUAUUGAUUGGUUGUUCCCUUUCAGCGAUGUUUUACAUCCCAGUGACCUAUAGAAUAUUCACAGUCAAGGUACUUGCUGGAGAGGAAAUGGUCCCAGAAGUCUUCCUUCCCUUGUCCAUAGUUGGGAGUGUUUUCAUGCCCAUAGGUAUUUUUAUAUUCGGUUGGUCAGCCACUGCCAGCGCUCAUUGGAUUGGGCCGGUUAUUGGGUCUGCAAUCUUUGUUUUUGGAUCCUUUAUCACCUUCCAAACGUUGUUUAAUUACUUGAGUUUUUCCUUCAGGAGAUAUCUCGCUUCAGUGUUUGCCGGUAAUGUCUUAUUUAGAGGAGCCUUGGCGGGUUGCUUCCCCUUAUUCGGAGCUGAUUUGUUCAACAAUCUUGCCACCUCGAAGUACCCAGUAGCCUGGGGGACUUCAAUUCUUGGGUUUAUUUGCGUUGCAAUGAUUGGUAUUCCUGUGAUUUUUAAUUGGAGAGGGCCAGCUUUUAGAACCAGAUCCAGGUAUUCUGGUUAG